AUGUCCAAACAAUCUUCCUCAACGCAAGAUUGCUGUGACAACCAGACCUCAGACCCGAUCGUCAGAACGGAGUCAGGCGACGUACGGGGCAGAACUGCCGACGGUGUUCAUGUGUUUAAAGGGGUGCCGUUUGCGGCACCGCCAUUUGGGCCCAAUUACCUCCGUCCUCCACAAGCGCCGGAAUCUUGGGGAGGUGUGCGUGAUGCGCUAGAGUUCGGGCCCAAGUCGCCGCAGGUCCCCUAUCCGAUGGGGAUCGCUGAGGGCCUCGCAGAACUAGUCGGCGCUGGUAAGGACUGCCUGACGCUGAACGUCUGGACGCCUAGCCUCGGCGCCGCGGGACGGCCAGUAAUGGCCUGGAUUCCCGGUGGCAUGUUUGAAUUCCACGCCACUGGCGCGGUAGCCUACUAUGAUGGCGGCAGGUUCGCCCGCGACGGCGUCGUGUGCGUCACCAUCAGUUACCGCGUGGGUGCCCAAGGCUUUCUCUAUCUAGCGGAUGGCGUCCCCAACCUUGGCCUCCUCGACCAAAUCGCCGCUCUCGAAUGGGUGCAGAAGAACAUAACCGUAUUCGGCGGCGACCCCGGCAAGGUCACUAUCUUUGGGGAGUCGGCUGGCGGCAUGAGCGUUGCCACGCUGCUCGCGGUCCCCAGGGCUAAGGGGCUGUUCCACCGAGCCAUGGUGCAAAGCGGGAACAGCCCGAAACUCAAUUCAACCGCAACAGGGAAGCGGAUCGGACAGCAGCUGGCAGAGAUCCUAGGCAUCGAGGGUAAGUGGGAGGCCAUCAACGCGACGCCGUCUGAUCGGGUCCUCCAGGCCCAGGCGACGCUGCGGGACGACCUGCUCGCACGCCCUGACCCGGCCUUCUGGGACGAGGUGGCGCUCAGCUAUCUCCCGUGGGCACCCAUCAUCGACGGGGAUAUUCUCCCGGAGCAUCCAAUCGAUGCUAUCCGUGCGGGCGUCGCAGCGGACAUUGACCUGGUCGUUGGGUCCAACACCGAGGAAACGCGCCUGUUCUUAGUUUCCGACGGCUCCAUCGAUCGCAUCACCGAAGAGACCCUAUCGGCGAUAGCUGGUGCGUAUGGCUUACCGCAGGAGGGCCUUGACGCCUAUCGUGCGUCGCAUCCGGGAGCCAGCGCUGGUGAGCUGUUCUCGGCGAUCCAGACCGACUGGUACUGGCGGAUCCCUGCCAUUCGCUUUGCCGACGCCCAUGCGAAGACGGCUCGAGCCUCGACCUACAUGUAUGAAUUCGCAUGGCGCUCGCCGCAGAUGGGGGGCCGCCUCGGCGCGUCGCAUGCUUUGGAGAUCGCCUUCGUUUUCGACACGCUCGGCCUUGGAACGGAGCCCCUUCUCGGCCCAACCCCCCCGCAAGACCUCGCUGACGCCAUGCAUCGGGCCUGGGUGGCCUUUGCCACGACAGGAGAUCCCGGUUGGCCGAAAUAUGAUGCUAGUCGCAGGUCAACCAUGCAUUUCGACAUAGACUCGAGAGCAGUGGACGAUCCUCUCGACAAGGAGCUCAAGCUUUGGGACAGUGUGCAUUAG